UCUUAACAAUUUUCUUCCUUUUCCCGCUGCUUAUCUCAUGCGACAUGUCUUACGACUCUUACGCUGAUACUAGAAAUCCUGACUCCGACCGGGGUCGUGACGAGCAAAAUGGUCCACCAGGAAUGGAACAGGACGGAGAUAUCGAGACUAACUGGAACGAAGUUGUUGACAAAUUUGAUAACAUGGGCCUGAAAGAAAAUUUACUCCGAGGCAUCUAUGCUUACGGGUUUGAAAAACCUUCAGCAAUUCAACAGAGAGCUAUCAUACCUUGUUGUAAAGGACUUGAUGUUAUUGCACAAGCCCAGUCUGGUACUGGAAAAACAGCCACAUUCUCCAUUUCAAUCUUGCAGCAGAUUGAUGUGUCUUUACUGGAAUGUCAGGCUCUUGUGUUGGCACCAACCAGGGAGUUAGCACAGCAGAUUCAAAAGGUUGUAGUUGCCCUUGGUGAUUACAUGGAUGCCAGAUGCCAUGCCUGUAUUGGUGGAACCAGUGUCCAUGAAGACAUUGUGGCUUUAAAAGAUAAAAGCAAAGGUGUGCACUCUGUUGUUGGAACUCCUGGCAGAGUGUUUGACUUGAUCAACAGAAGUCACCUGAAUACAGACAAAAUCAAAAUAUUUGUCUUAGAUGAGGCUGAUGAAAUGUUGUCAAGAGGAUUUAAAGAUCAGAUAUAUGAUAUUUUUAGGAAAUUGCCCACUAGUGUGCAGGUUAUUUUGCUAUCAGCAACAAUGCCCAGAGAUGUGUUGGAUGUGACUUGUAAAUUCAUGCGUGAUCCAAUCAGAAUCUUAGUGAAGAAAGAAGAGUUGACCCUUGAAGGUAUCAAGCAGUUUUUUGUCCUGGUGGAAAAAGAAGAGUGGAAGCUUGAAACACUUUGUGACUUGUAUGAGACACUGACAAUCACCCAGGCUGUGAUUUUCCUCAACACGAGAAGGAAAGUUGAUUGGCUGCAACAGAGGAUGAGUGAGAAGGAUUUUACUGUCUCCUCUAUGCAUGGUGACAUGGACCAGAAGGAGAGAGAUGUGAUCAUGAAGGAGUUCCGUUCUGGUUCUAGUCGAGUGCUUAUCACCACAGACUUGUUGGCACGCGGUAUUGAUGUACAGCAAGUCUCGUUGGUUAUCAACUAUGACUUGCCUGGAAACCGUGAGAACUAUAUUCAUAGGAUUGGUCGUGGCGGCCGUUUUGGUCGUAAAGGCGUCGCCAUCAACUUUGUGACCAAUGAAGAUAUUCGUACAUUACGCGAUAUUGAAACAUUCUACAACACACAGAUUGAAGAAAUGCCAAUGAAUGUGGCCGAUCUUAUCUGAGAUGCCCAGUCGUCAUUUAAUGCAACUAACAAAUUGAAUAACAGCGCUUUGCUCAAACAAAAGAAGGAAAAAAAUCGCAAAAGUCUCAAACCAAAAAAAGUAAUGAUCACCAUAUCGUACUGACCAGAAAGGUGCGAAACCUCCGGAUAUGUCAUAUUAAAUAAAACUUAUUGGUUUUCAACGAA